UUAAAGACAAACAACAACAAACUGUUUCCUGAAGCUUUUUCUUUGUUUGCUUCUUUGUUUUAUUCACGGUUGUUCUGGAUCAAACCAGCUUCGGUUCGCGACCCGAAGCUGAGUCAGAAGAACCGUCUGGAAGAUGGAGACCGAACAGGACGGACCGCUGACCCUGAUCCGGACCUUCACCCUGAACGGACUCAGGCUGGACCCGGACCGGUGGCAGGAGUUCCUGUCCAAGAAGAACACGGUGACCCUUAGCGGCUUCUGUAGCAGCCAGGACCGCGACUGGCUCUUCCUCCACCUGCAGCCGGACUCCGGACUCCGGGCUGGACUCCAGUUCCCCCUAGGAGUCCAGACCAAGGUCCUCUGCGUGUCCAAGACCGUCCCGGAAGUCGUCACCAAGGAGACCUGCAGGAGGACGCUGAGGAUGCAGGAGACGAGGGGAGGAGACCCGCUUAGCCACGUGAUCGGGCUCACGGAGGAGGUGACCUGUCUGUUGCUUAGCAAUGCUGCAACCAGAGAAAGGUGGAGUCAGGGCAUUGCUGAGGGUGCUCUGAGGAUCCUGGAGAGGCAGAAGAACGCCAUGCUGGUGAUGAAGGCUCAGGUGGCUGGACACACCUUUCUGCCUCACCCUGCUCUCUAUCACCAUGGCAACCAGGACUACAGCCACCACAGUGAUGGUCGCCAUGAAGACAGCCACAAUGACCACCAUCUCCAUCAUGAAGACUACCGCAGUGACCAUCAUGACAACGGUCACCAUGACAACAGUUCCCACGUGGAGUCAGGAGACCUGAAGCUGCCAGAUGAGACGCUCCUUCAUGCCUGUCAGAAAAUGGUGGUGGAGUGGGCAGAGCUAGUGUCCAAGUACCUGCAACAGGACUGGUCCAGAUUGGUUCUGGACAGAUUGAGUCCACUUCCUGGAGAGGAGUUCACCUUCUGGAAGAACCGGCUGCAGAAUCUGCUCUUCCUGCACAACCAGCUGAUGAGCCCCAGAGCUCAGCAGGUGGCGGCUAUCCUCCAAGCUGCAGGCAGCGUCUACUGGUCCACUCUGAGAACCGUUUACAGAGACAUCCAGGAAGGUGUCCAGGAGGCGCAGGACAUCGUGGACAACCUGGCUCCUGUGCUGCAGAAACUUGAGGAUAUUUUACAGGUGGACUUCCAGCAGCUGAAGGGCAAAGCGUCAGAUAUCAUGGAGGAGGUAUGUCUACUGUGGGGCCGGUCUAAGUUCUACUGUAAACCCGAGAGGGUGGUGGUCCUGCUGCAGGAGAUCUGCAACCAGUUCAUACACCUGAGUGGAAAGUUCCUGUGUGGACAAGAAGUGAUGCGUGCUCUUGUAUCUGCCCCCGGUCCGGUCCUGGAAGAUGUUAGACUGGUUAUCCAGACGCUAAACACCCUGAAGGAGGCCUACGCGCAGAGCAGUGCACUGCUGGACAACCGAACCCACAGCCAGGACACGCCUUCACACAGCUGGGACAUCCCGUCACACCUGGUCUUCUUCCACCUGGACCGCUUCAUGAAACGGCUGCUCAGCAUCAAGGAGGUGCUUUCUGUCUGUCUCCAGGUGUAUCAGCUGGAUCAGAUGGUUUUGUCUGGUGUCAGCAGCACGAUGUGGACCGAUGCAGUUCAGCAGGUUCUUCAGGAGUUCCUGCUUCACACGAGGCGGCUCUCUGGCUGCUGCUGUGACCCAACAGACCCUGAAGACCUGAACUUUGAGAAGAACCUGAAUCAGUUUCUGGCUCAGGUGUUGGACCUGGAGACCUGGCUGGUGUCGGUGCUGAGCAGGGCCCUGGAGGACUGCAGCGAUGCUUCAUCUGCUGCAAAGCUGUUGCAGAUGUUUGGGUUCAUCCUGGACCGUCCUCUGAUCCAGAAUCAGCUGCACCCUCUCCUGAGCCGGCUGGUGAAGAUGAUCCAGAUAGAACUGGCUCAGAUUGAACUUCAGUUCUACAGUCAGAAAGACAAGUUGGAAACGUUUUACAAGUUUCGGCCGGCAGCUCCUGUUGGACUCUUGUGGAUUCAACAGCUGCUCCAGAGAACUGGAGCCGCUCUAAAGAACUACUUGACCUUCCAGAACCGGCACCAGGACUCAUCUGAGGGCCAGCUGGUUCAGAACAGGAUUAGACAGAUCCUAGACCUCCUGCAGGACUUCAGAGAGAGCGCGAGGUCCGACUGGAGCGCCCAGCUGGACUCUGACUGUGGCUUCAUCCAGAGACUUCCUUUGAUCCAAACAACCAAGCACGGACUCCUGGAAGUUAGCUGCAGUCACAGGGUGGAGUCGGUGCUAAAAGGGCUCAGGUAUGUGUGCAGGAAAGGAGAAGUAGAGCUCCGCCCCCACAUCGCUCAGCUCCUCCCCUGUAGAGAUGACAUCACCCAGACUUACCUGAGACUGAGUCACAUGGUGUCCUGCUACAACCAGGUGUUCAGUGACACCCUGCAGGUGGAACGUCCUCUGAUCCAGGACCAGCUGCAGGACCUGAACCAGACCCUGACCCAGCUGCAGAAGAAAACCUGGAGCCCUGAAGGUGACGUCACAAUUCAUGGUGUGGACCAGCUGCAGACCCAGACGGUGUUGAUGUUUUGCUGCACUCUUAGAGAGACCAGAACCAACAUGGAAGCCAUGACAACGAUUGCACAGGGGUGGGCGGAGCUUGACCUGCUGCAGAGGUCACAUGACUAUCUUCUGGAAGGCGGAGUUACAGAGCACACAUGCAGACGGAUCAGGGAAGAGGGGCAACAGCUGUUGAAGCUAAUCCAGGUAAACAGGAGUCUGUACAAAGCCCAGGAGUCCUCUCAGACCUGGAUCGAUUAUCUGGACCACAUUGAUAAUGAAGUCCAAGAUGGACUGUUCCAGCUGCUGCACAGAGCGCUGCACUUCCUGUCUGACAGCAUGAACCCACAGACCUCCAGCUCCGCCCUGUUGGCAGUCCGUCUGCAGCUGCAGGAAACAGGAAGUGCGUUUGAGCCUCUGCUGGAUGGCGGCCUGUCAGACUUCCUGAAAACCACCAUCUGCGACAUUUAUGCCACUGCCGCUCUGCCACCCAGGAUCUCCAGGAGUCGCCAUGGCAACUACCAGCUGUUGUUACAGCAGAACCCAGGUCUCUGUGCCCUGGAACAAGAAGUGUUGCAUGAGUUGCAGCAGGUGAGGGAGGAGGCGGAGCAUCUGAGAGAAGGACUAGACAGGUACUCUCACCUGUGGCUGAGUGACAGGAAGACGAUGUUCAAGGACUUCCUGAAAUAUGGCAGGCAGCUGGCACCUGAAGAGCUGGAGGCAGGCCAGACUCCGCCCACCCUGAACAACUUCCAUAGAGAGAUGGAGUCUCUCAGUGCGCUAAGCUCAGAGGUGAGUCACCUGGAUGAUGUCAUCAUCCUGCAUGGCUGGCUGCAGGUGGACCUGAGACCUUUUAGAACAUCCCUAUUGUCCAUCAUCUACACCUGGAGACACAUGUACACAAACUAUCUGCUGGAGUCCGUCAGCAACAGUAUGCAGGUGCACACGGAGGAUGAAGAGUCCCCAUCAUCGUCCACCUUUUCGGUAAAGGACAUCAUCCUGCUGCUGGAAGCUGCUGCAGUGGAGCUUCCUAAACACUUGACUGCACAGCUGCAGUGCUAAUGGAGACAAACAUCUUGGAGGACGUCCUGAUGGAACCAGGGAUGUCUCAGUUGUACACAUCUGGAUCGUCUUUACAAUAAAAGUUCUGAACAGUUCA